CAACACGCCUUCUCCAGCCGGUCCCCUUUCUUACACGGCGUUUAACUUUCACUUUACGUCAAUGGCCUGCUAGAUGCUGGCUUAGGCCCCUGAGCAAUCUGCCUUCCAUUGUUAGAUCCAAGCCACUCUUUCUUGGAUUUGGAUUAGCACUUACGAGUACCUGUACUCCAUACUGCGUACUUUUUGUUCAUGCCACCAUCACAUAACCACCUAGAAUCCCACGCGCACACACUCCGUAUACACGUAUAGUUUUACCACCUGUUCUAUCCUGCAGCUCGUGUGGGCUACGCUGGUGGAGACCCCCGAGGCUCACUCGUUCGACCUCAGUUCUAGAAAUCUUUCGUCCUGCUUGCAUCUCAGACCCGUCCCACGCUGCUGGGCUGAAUCAAACCGCUUUCCUCGACCGCCCUGCGCAAUCGCCACGGCUCGGCCCGGGCCAUGGAUUCAUACGAUGACGACAUCCAGCGGCAGCAAUACCAUCCUUCGCACUCGAUCCCCGAUGCUGCUUAUCCAGACGACUCGCCGUUCCGGCACCAGCAGCUCCAGGCCUCCUACGGCGCUGGAAGCUUUGGCGCGAGCCCUUCGCAUCCCUCGCAUGGAAUGACGCCUCUACCUUCACAUGUAGGGAGCCAGCCUGGAUACCAGUCUCAGCACCAGCAUCAGCACCAGCCUCAGAACCAGGGAGCUUGGCAGCCCUACGAUAUCCCCAGCAGCCCUCCUCCUCCCUAUGACCCGAGUCAGGCUCCAAGCGCAUACCAGUACACACAAAUCGAUGCAACAAUUCCCACCAAUCCGGCUACACGUCCAAAUGCGCGCAUCGACGUACAUGUUCAGACGGGGGGCAUCGAGAUGAUGCCGCUACAAGGCGCGACAACGGCCAUGUCUCCUCAACUAGCACCCUUGGCACCGGGAGCCUCGACCUCUGCGUUGACGCAGGCUAGCAAUGCUGUCGAAGACCCCUAUAAGCUGGACGCGGCAGCUGCGGAGCGCCGGCGCAAGCAGAGACGCCUUAAGAUUUGCAUCAUUCUCUUGGCUGUGGUGUUUAUGUUUUGUGGCGCGUUGAUCAUCGGGGUGGCUUUGGGCGUUGUCAAAGGGGCGCUCAACAAACCGCCUGAUCAUGGACCUGGGUUUUGA